AUUUUUCCAAAAGCGGAAACUUUUUACGCAUGCGUCGUACACGCGCAUGCGCCAAACACAUUAAUGAUUUGUCGCGCCCAAAUGUACAGGUAAAUAGCAAAAACAGUAGAAUGACGGAGGCAAUAAACUCUAGUUUUAAAUAGAAGUAAAAGAAAUAUCGGGUAUGUGUCCGAAGUCACGGUAGCAGAGUGGACAGAAGCCCGUAUUCGGGCUCUAGCACCAUGAGCUCCCCUAAACUCAACGAAAGAUGUCCGAGCAGUUUGAGCAACGGGAAAAAAUUGCUGAACAACGAAUCAAAGGAAGACUCUUUGGAUAACUCUAUAAGGGAGUCGGGGAAAUCUGAGAGAUCUGGAGGAAAGGGCGAAGAAGACUGGCGAAGGCGUACUAUCAUCGUGGAGAAAAAAAAUGGCACAUACGGUUUCACAUUGCAAAGCUACGGAAUACAUUACAAGAAGGAACAAGAAAUCGAAGUUAUCACUUACGUGGAUCACGUGGAAGUGGAGGGACCAGCAGCAGCGGCUGGCAUGCGAGAGGGUGACGUCAUCCUCUCCAUCAACGGGGUGGACGUUGAACGCGCCGACCACACCGCCAUCGUCGACGCCAUCAACGGCUGCGACACCCGCAUGCGCAUGGUCGUCAUCUUUGAGGACUGCGUGCGCAAGGUCGAACUCCAUCUGAAGUAUAUCAACCUACAACGAGCUAUCCAGUCCAAAAUGAGAGAACUAGAACAACUCACCGUCCGCGAAAGGCAGCUAUUUGAUUCCAACUGGAAAACACACAGCUUGCCCUCGCAAAAAAAGAAAAACUCACCGUCCGAUGCGAUAUCCGAUUCGGAGGACAACAAUAUCGGCGAGAAUGUUAACACUUCGUAUUGUAGACCUACGCUUUCGAGUGAGAAUGUCACUGCCGCUAAGCCCCCGCAAAGUAACGUAUUUAUGUAUCAGUAUUUAGACCCUAGGUAUGGAGCGUGUGUCAUACAACCUAGUAUUAGAACAGGUAGUUUCGUCAUUACCGUUGGUUCUCCGAGAAAUAAACGCGAGUGUCAUCACUAUGUAGUCAAGGCGCCAGCCGAAUGCCAUCGAGCCUCAGAAACAUAUAAAGCAGCGAAUACCAAACACACUAAGGUUCACAGAAGUAACCAUAGCCACAGUUGCGCUCCUUGCAUGCCAAAUUAUAACAACCAAGAUGCGAACAGUCUUGAAGCUUAUGAUCUAGCCAGCCCUUGUUGCGACCCGCACUGUGUGCCGAACACAAGAAAGAAAUUGCGACGAAAAAAAGAAUGUUCAAAAGAGCAUAAAAGAAAAGACAAGUGUCAACAAGUGGAUAAAUCGACGCAAAAGCCAGACGAGAGAGGCUGCUCACACUCACGCUCCAAGAAAGUUUGUUCAUCGGGACAUUGCUCAAGCCGAUAUCGAUAUUUAACAACAGAAUCUACUCAAACCAGUCAAUGUAGUUUGCAAUCUUACGCGACUAGUAACGCAACUGCCCCCUGUGAUAACUCAGCCUCCAGCUAUAGUACCUCCCUGAGCAGUGAUACCCUAUUUUGGGAUAACGAUAGGUCGGAGGCAAAAUCCUCGCCGAAAAUCCAAUAUCAAAGUGCUCAUUCUCAUGUCAAGCCCAAAUCUUGGGACAACUUAACAACUAAAGCAUUCGGUGGCUACGGUUUCGGAUAUGGAUAUUUGGACACAAGUACUAAGCACACAAAUCGCUCUAAAAGUCACGGUAGAAGUCACAGUGGGCGCAGUACCCAAAGUCAUCAUGAGUAUCAACAUCAUCAAGAGAAACACGCUCAUCGGCAAAGUGCUACUCAACACCAUUACUCCGUUUAUACUAGGAGUCACAGUCACUGCGCUCCAACCAAAUCCACCGAGAGCCUGAUCGUUGUACCCAAAUAUCAGCUGGAGAGCAGUGGAUCUGAAAGUAGACUGGCGUGCGACUGUGGCGAGAAUGUAGAAUACUAUCGACGCAUCAACUCAACGAAAAGCCCCGGUGAACCGCACUCCGCCACUUAUUACUCUCAACAUUUUAUAUACCCUACUCAUUCGUAUAAGAAGAAAGACACCAACAUCAGCUCAGAAAUAACAAGGCUCUAAAUUAAAUCGAUGUAGAUGAAUUUGUGUAAUCAACGCUCAACUCAAUAUUAGGCCUAAAAUUGGCAAUUAGCAUUUUUACUGUUUUAAAAUUAGGCUUCACUUUUAUCAGCUUUAUACUUGUUGAUUGAUAGUUUUAAUAUAAAAUAAAAUUUUCAGUAGUUUGUUUUUAUUCCUUCUUGUUUUUUUAUUAUUCUCUGGAUUUCAACUACACGAUUGACCUAUUCCAAUUACAAGUAAAGUGAAACAUAAGAAUAAAUAUUUCUGUUUUAAAAUUAAAAUGACUUUUCCUGUGAACAUUUCGUGUAGAGUUUCUAUCGGGUUGUUGGUUGUAUUGGACGUGGCUCCAUCUUGCUGAAAAAGUCUGUUCGUAAUGUAAGCAUUCUUAAAGCUCGGGAUGAAGUUGUGGAUCAUGUCGACAUAACACGCCAAAGUUACAGUGACUGUUCUGCCCCUUACGCCUUGAAAAAAGUAUACUCCAAUGAUUGCCGACUUAGCCACCCAUAACGUAACAUUCUGUGCAAAAGAUGUUGGUGAAGCUUUUUUUGAUUAGAAUCUCCCCAGAAACGGCAAUUUUGACGAUUCACAUACCCGUCUAGGUGGAAAUGUGCUUCACCACUGAAAACGGUCACUAACGAAUCUCUGGUUGGCAAAAUUCAGUCUUGAAACAUAAUCAGAUUCAUAUAGUGACUGCACGACCAAAAUUUUGUAUAUCUUGAGAUGCAAAUCAGAACGCAGUCCUAAUUAAGCCCGACGUUUUGUAACGAUUAAUCGAAGUUGACGUCGCACAGA